AUGGAACUUGUAGUUGUGAAUGGAGCUAACGCCAUCUCAAGAGGUGUAGUAUCAAAGUUGGCUGGAAAGCAAUACCAAAAAAUCAGACUUCUUGAUUUCAGGCCAUAUAGAAAGUCAGUUUAUGAUUUCCAGAGACAGCUAUCAUAAGGAGUAGAGUUAAAUAAGUACAUGGUUUCAAAUGCUGCAGCUCUCGAACAUCAACUAGACGGAGCUUCAGAUGUCCUCUAUUUCACUCAUGAUUACUGCGCCAACGCAGCUGAUAAGAACUCUUUCAUUUAGGGUACUGCCAAGUUAGCCAAGAAGCAUGGUGUUAAGAAGCUUGUAGCUGUUUGCCCAUCUAUGGUAGACACUCACACUUGA